AAAUGUUAUGGAGGCAAUGGAAUGGCUUCUAGAACAGGGCAACAGAAGCAGUAGUGCACCUGGCAGUGAUGAAGUUGAUGCUGGAGAGCAACAGGAUGGCCACAGAACAAACAGCACCACAUGCCCGCAGUUUCUUUCAGCUUCAAGGAUAUGUCUGAGAGGCCAGCGAAUAGGAUAUUGA